AUGGAGGAGUUUCUCUGCGCAGACCCAACCGUAUCCCAGGCGCGGGUUCUCAACAUCGGAGAGGAGACGUCAAAUGCCACCGUGAUAGUCGCCUUGGCACAGCAGCAGGACGACGUCCGGGUCGCCGACCACGUCAAAAGGCUCCAUCGUCUGCCCACCGCCCCCCCGGAUCACCUGACCGCGUGGACGAUGAAGCAUUGCGACGGAGGCUGCUGUAAGACAGCAACGCUCCUCCCAAUGGGUCAGGCUCCCACUCCGUCCUCGAUCGAGGACAAACUCCGUAUCAUCAUUGGCGACAUUCUUUCUCUCGAUGCCGAAAGGCUUGUUGUGCCGCUGCGGGGAUUCAACUGCGCGUCUCGGAUAUGA